AUGGAUACGAUUGUCCAGAACACAAAUAAACUAUUAACUUCGCCUCCAAGUUUAACUCCAAAUGAUUUAUAUGAAACUAUUAACAUUAUAAUUCAGAUAUUAGAUACAAAUAAUCCUAGUGAUGACACAGAAAAUGCCAAUAUGAUCAAAAUUGCAAGUUUUCUGUCAUGUCUUAGAACCACUGGCCUGGAUCAUAAAGCCGAAUAUAUUGUUCAAGCAGCAAAAGCCGUACUAAAUUAUUCCCAUCUGGUUCCACCUCAACCGAUAAAUUAUGAUACCACAGACAAUAAGCAACUAGUAGUUAUGGAUAUUGUAGGUACUGGUGGCGAUGGACAAAAUACUUUUAACGUUUCCACAUCGUCUGCGAUUGUAGCGUCCGGGAUUCCAGGUAUCAAAAUCGUAAAACAUGGCGGGAAGGCAUCCACAUCGAAUAGUGGAGCAGGUGAUUUGAUCUCUAGGUUAGGCUGUGACCUAUCAAAGGUUAAUUCAGUUACUGUACCUCAAUUAUGGUCCAACAAUUCGUUUUUAUUUCUUUUAGCUCCAUAUUUCCAUAACGGAAUGAAAUCUGUUGCAUUAAUAAGAAAACUGAUGGGUAUUCCAACUAUUUUUAACGUGCUAGGUCCCUUAUUGCACCCAGUGGUGUCAACUGUAAAUAAAAGAAUUCUUGGAGUCUAUUCCAAGGAAUUAGGAUUCGAAUACGCAAAAGCAGCAUCUUUGAUGUAUCCAAAUAAUGAAAUUUUUGUAGUUUGGGGCCAUGUUGGAUUAGAUGAAAUAUCUCCUAUUGGUAAAACCACAAUUUGGCAUGUUUCAAAUAAUGAAACAGUGAACAAAAAGAAUCAAAAUAUUGAAGUAUUCGAAAUUGAACCAUACAUGUUUGGCUUGAAAGAACAUCCAUUAUCUGAAUGCUUAUCUUUAGGUCCGAUUGAAAAUGCACAUAUAUUAAAAGAUGAAAUUUUAUCAGGUAAAUACAAGUUGGGUGAUAAUCAUCCAAUCUAUGAUUAUAUUUUAUUAAAUACUGCUGUGUUAUACUGUUUAAGUGUUGGGUCUCGUGAUUGGAAACAAGGUAUUUCGAAAGCAGAAGAAAGUAUACAAUCUGGUAGUGCAUUGAGGUCAUUAUCAAGAUUUAUUGAUGAGGUUAAAGGUCUUUAA